ACGUUAGAACAAGCUACCCAGGAAACUGCAAGAGCGUUGGAUCUAUGCUUUAAUAACAAAUUUAAAGAAGCAGAAAUUAUGCUGAAGCCAAGGUCCGAGACCAGUAUGUAUCAUGCUUUAAGUUAUGGGACUAUAAUGAAUAUACAAGCAAUGAUGACUUUUCAACAGGAGGAUAUAAUCUUGGCCAAUAAAGUUCUUAAGAGUGCCGUUCGACUUUGCAAUAGAUUUCGUCAUAAGGAAUCCUUUGUAGGAUCUGUUGUUAAUAUCGCCAGAAAGAAAACAUAUGAAAAUUAUUCCGAUGUUGAAAUUCAUGCCGAAUUAUGUUACGCGGAAUGCCUAUUACAACGUGCCAUACUCACAUUUAUCCAGGAUGAAACCUUAAUGAGUUUUAUCAAAGGAGGAAUUAAAAUAAGGAAUUGUUAUUCAUCUUAUAAGGAGUGUAUGCAUAUUUUGAAAGUCCGUAAAAAUGGCACCGACCAUAAUUUAGAUAGCAAUUAUAAGAGCGGUGUCCAUCUAGGAAUAGGCGCCUUCAAUUUGCUGUGGUAUUACUUAGAUGUUAGGCUUUUGCUGUCUUCAGAAGUCCAAACUGAUUUAGGAUUGCGAGAAUUAAAUUUAGGUUCCAACUGCCAUAGCUUGCGCUCACCUCUUUGCUCGAUGAUAACUGUAACAUAUCAUACAUUAAUAACUUUUGUACUCGGCACCGGUGAAGGAGAUCUUAACUUUGCUCAAACGGUAUUGCAGCCAUGUUUAGCAAAAUAUCCUGAGGCUGCUCUAUUUUUGUAUUUUGCUGGUCGACUCCAUCUUGUCAAAGGAGAUAUUGAUAAGGCCAUCGCAUAUUUUCAUGAUUCAAUCAAUUCUCAAGAUCAAUGGAAGCAACUACAUCAUGUUUGCUAUUGGGAACUAUUUUGGUGCAGCUGUUUCAGGUUUGAAUGGCGAGAAGCAGCGAAUUACGCAGAAAUUUUAUACAAUGAAAGUAGAUGGUCAAAGGCGAUGUAUAUGUAUCAAAAGGCGGCUUGUCUCUCUAUGAUUCCAGAGGUGCCAGACGAAGAAACUCGAGAGUUGUUUUUGAAGGUACCAUCAUUGAAGCAGCGAAUUGCUGGAAAGUCAGUUCCGGUGGAGAAAUUUGUCAUCCGUAAAUCACGAAAGUAUGUAAACGAUCCUAAUGGAAAGUUGCCCUUUCCCGCCGUUGAAUUACUAUAUGCCUGGAAUACGUUCCUAAUGAUUCGAAGCAAUAAAGAAAUAAUUAAACAAUUUUUGGACCUUACCGAGAAUGUCUUAGAAGAGAUUGAGAAAACAAGGAGUAAUAGAUUAUAUGUGGAUGAAUGGUGCCUAGGAAAGUUAGUACAAGGAGUUUGCUUUCGUUAUUUAGAACAAGAAGGUGAAGCGGUUAAAUGUUUUGUAGCAAUUAAAGAAAGGGAAGACGAUAUAGUUUUAGAUCACUACGUUGCUGCAUAUUCAUAUGUUGAAUGGGCUAUGAUAUACUUCAGUAAUGGUCAGUACAAUCAAGCUAAAAAGAAAUUGGAAGAAACAAAAAAAAAUUACAAGAAUUAUUCCCUUGAAAGCCGUUUACAUUUCCGUAUACAUUCUGCUUUAGAACAAAUUAAAGCAGUUAAAAACUCUCAAAAAAAGACGUAA